GCAUUGGCUAGUGGCUACGUCUGGGUCUGGGUAACUGAACUGAUACUUCCAAGACUUCUUCUCAGAGUGAAUUGAACUUUUUCCAGAUUUGUAAUUUGAACACGGUGCAGUGUGAGAUCGCUUUUGGGAUGUUUCGAUAUGAUUUCAAGCGUUGAUUUAUCGCUGGAUUACUUCAACCAAGAGCAGCGAGGAAACGAGUCGACGCGCAUCAAGAUGUUGCUGCGCGUUUUGCUCUCGCGGCAGUGAGCAAAUGUGAUUCGUUCCAACCAUUUUUUAGUUUUGCCCAUGGAUACAUUUCGAUGCAUGUUUCUGUGGAUAGUGAAGGAACAAAUAUGAGCACACUUAACUAAAGUUGUCAACAAAACGCGGGCAUGGAACAAGGCGAGUUGUUCAUCUCAAUCUCUGGUAAGAACAGAGAAACAUUAUGGAUUAUGGGACAACAAAUGAAAACCCUUGACCCAAUAAGUUAACUUUUACGCUGUUGCAUGAGGGCACAUCAAGGAAUGGCACAGUCUGGAAACCCAGCAGUCACUCUACGGCUGCAGAUAUUGAUUUUGUCCAUCGGCUGUGCUUUUAUAUGUUUUAGUCGUUUAUCCGCCGCCUCACCAGCACACAACCAGCGUUUGAUAUGCUGGCAGGCCAUCAUGAAGUGCCAAGGAGAACCGGAGUGCCACUACGCGUAUACUCAGUAUCUACACGCGUGCGGUUCGGUGAUAAACGGGAACAGGAAGAAAUGUCCUAGCCACUGCAUUUCUUCCAUCAUUCAGCUGAACCUAACUGUGAACGGUCCGGCCCUGGAGGACUGCGAAUGCUCCUCGGACACUUUGUGCAAGAUGACCAAGCGAGCCAUCGAGCCCUGUAUGCCCAGAACCAGCCACAUGGGCUGCACCGAAGCCCGUAAGCAGUGCGAGAUGGAUCCCGAAUGCAGCACCGCCAUGAGGGACUAUCUGUAUCACUGCAGGAAACUGUUCGGAGGAGAGCUCUGCUCGGACGAUUGCCGGCUGGUCAUCACUAACAUGCGCUCCAUUCCCAAAGCCCAGCUCCUGGACACUUGCGUUUGCGACGGUACAGAAAGGGCCAUAUGCGAGUAUGUCAAAAUCAGCAUGAAAAACUUUUGCUUUACCGACAGAUAUGGCGGUAGUGGCUUCUCAGACACCGAGUACGACCCGGAGGACGACUACGAGAUGGAUUACGAGGACGAACACAGUGAUGCUUGGGAAUUAAGAGCACAACAGUAUUCGAUUGUGGUGUCCACCAUUUUAACACUUUUUGUAUUAAGAUAAGUCAUGUUUUUAGAGUUCUGCUAGCUGCAUAUUUGGCCUGGGUGGAAAUAAUGGGAAAAGACAACCUCGUCUUGUUUUUAAAAGGCAGAAAAUGGUGCAAUAAUAUAGCGUACAGCACAUUGGUCAAGUUGUUGUUGUGCUAUAAUAAAGCUGAGUUGAGUUGAUGAAGAAAACCACACCAUGAAAAGUUGUUUUUGAUGUCAAGAAAAUAUAUUGGAAAUAUGUGCUCCCAUAUAGGCUUUUAAGUUAUUAUGAACUAUUGUGGAAACUUAUAUUCAAAUAAAUACAAAAAAUAAUAAAUACUGAAAGUUUAUUUUUGUAUAAAAGAUUGGUUAGUGUAAAUUACGAACAGCUUGAUUAUUGUAAAUGUAUAUGUUUUGUAUCAUAUAAUUGUGUGAAUAAUGUUGAUAAAUAAUACCAUGUAAUAGCUGUUUAUAAUGUUCAUAAAGAUUGCUUCAAAGUUAU